UCUUGAUCAUGACCAUUAACUUUUACUUUUAGCAGCAUGAGUCAUCGUUAUAAUUUCACCAUAUUUUGUCACAAAUACUUCACCAUGAACCCGCAUACAUACUACUAGAAUUUGUUUUGGUAAAGCAUAUGAUGAUGAAUCCACCGACUAAGCAUAUCAUAUCAUAACACUACUAGUAGUUGAUGAAAUGAUAGUAAUGUGACCCCAUUUUAAAGUUAGUUGAUGACAACACAACACAACACAAGAUGGCGCAUGGCAACAUUACAAUCAUGGCGCGUGGCACUUAGGAAUCUCUCUCUGCCUAAACUCUUAACAUUCUUAGUUGUUGACACUUUUAGUUCUUUUCUUCAAUCACUCUCUCUUUGUUUUUACUAUUAUUCGUUACAACAUUUGGCCUUUUUCUUUUUUCACAUUCAAUAACUAUAGUACAAACCUAACAAGCUGUGCAAUGCUUUUUCACAUCUUAUGACAAUUACCAUCAUGGAUUCUUCCACUGCCACCAACAAUCAGGAGAAGUAUAGAAAAAGUGGCAACAACAACAUCAGUGAAGUGGUGAACAUGGACCAAAAAAGGCGUUGGCAUGAUGUCUUCUGGUUAAUACUAUUUGUGAUCCAAUUGAUUGGCGUGGGUUUUGUCCUUGUGAUUCUUGGCGUUAACAGGUUCAAGAAAAAGAACAGGCUUGACAUUGAUAAGUACACAUACCGGUUCAUGGAGAAUGAGGCUGGUUUGACAGAGGAUUACUGGCCGCUCUAUGCUGUCGCUGGCGGCGUUGGAACUGCUCUUGGAUGGAGUUGGUUGUUGCUGUUGGGUUCACGCGCAAUCCAGAUGAUGAAGGUGUCUGUCCAUAUUCUUACCACUUAUCUUGCUGUGAUCAGUGUUUUGUGUUUCUGGGCUCACCAGUUUUUCUGGGGUGUUGCUUUUGCUAUUGGAGCAGCUCUGCAGUUUUUGUAUAUUAUAUCUGUCAUAGAUAGACUUCCAUUUACAAUGUUGGUUCUUCAAAAGGCUGUUAAGAUGGUAUGGAAUCUUCCAGAGGUUAUGAGAGUCGCAUAUGCGUUUAUGGCUGUCAUGCUCUUAUGGAUGGCAUUGUGGUCAUUUGGAGCUGCUGGUGUUGUAGCUUCAAGCAUGGGCGACGGUGGACGCUGGUGGCUUCUUGUGGUCCUCUCUGUAAGCUUAUUUUGGACAGGUGCUGUGCUUUGUAAUACAGUACAUGUCAUAGUGUCUGGGUCACUGAUCCGUGUUAGUAUCCAUGGUGGUUGCGAGGCUGCAUCACUUCCGACUAACUCCAUAAUGAAAUCUUUACAGUAUGCUUUAACAACAUCUUUUGGCAGCAUUUGUUAUGGCUCAUUAUUCACAGCUGCUAUUAGGACACUGCGAUGGGAGAUAAGAGGAAUCCGGUCAAAGAUAGGCAAGAAUGAGUGCUUGCUUUGCUGUGUUGAUUUCCUUUUCCAUCUUGUGGAGACUCUUGUCAGGUUCUUUAACAAGUAUGCGUAUGUCCAGAUUGGUGUUUAUGGUAAAAGCUUUAACCGUUCUGCAAGAGAUGCCUGGGAGUUAUUUCAAUCAACGGGAGUUGAAGCACUUGUGGCGUAUGAUUGUUCAGGUGCUGUGCUGUUAAUGGGAACCAUUUUAGGUGGGCUGAUAACUGGAACUUGCUCCGGUGUUUGGGCAUGGAUGAAGUGGAGUGAUAGAGCUUUUAUGAUUGGAUCCACAUCUAUGCUCAUGGGCAUGAUAUUGGUUGGAGUGGCAAUGGUUGUGGUGGAAAGUGCAGUGACAUCCAUAUAUAUCUGUUAUGCGGAAGACCCAUUAUUGAUUCAGAGAUGGGACCAUGAGUUUUUCAACCAGAUUUCCGAGACAUUGCACCAGCGACUUCAACAUAGGAGCUCACGUGCAAGGGAAGUUUUAACCCACGAUCACCUUGAUUCUCGUAUACCAGAAAAUGCCUAAAUUUGAGGAAUCAUUAAAUGAUAUUGUACAAGAACUGUUCACUUAAAUUAUCCACGAUAUAUAUGUCAAUCCUUUACAUCUUUUAGUUUCAUUAUGUGCUGUGUUAUAGUGUAUGUAACUUUCAUAUUGCAACAAGUUGGAGAAGAAAAUGUGUUUGAUGAUGA